AUGUUAAUCGUUUUCUUUCUUGUUAUAUGUAGCGUGAAUUCAAUGAACCCUUCAAGUUUAGGAGAAGAGGAAGAAACACUUUCUGAAGAGUUAAUGCAACUAUUACAGGGACAUUUCGAAAAAUCCGAACAUCACAAAGGCAAAUUAAGUAAAUUACUAACAAAGGUGAAAGAAUUUCUGUCUAUGUUUUCAAGUGGAAUUGUUCAAAACGUAGAAGAGAUGAUUAAAGCUGAAAGUCGUAUAUUCGAAUUUUUAAAGGAUAUUUAUGAAAAAAAGAAAGUAACUAAAAGUGCGUUAAGAAGGUGGUUGUCUUUAUUAGAUACAACAUUUAAUUUGCAUCGAAUGGAAAGUGCUGGAUAUGGAAGGUAUGUUUAUCAAAUGAGAUCAAACAAUGAAAAUAUAUUUAAAAAUAAACAGCUGGGAGGUGCAAUAAAAGAUGAAUUAUAUAAUGUUAUAGUUCUAAAAACUGAAUACUUCAAUUCACUUUUGAAAGUAUUACAAUUUUUAGCGAGACAUUUGAGAUUUACAAGAGAUGGUCAAUACUUAAGAUGUCACUCUAGAUUGGAAAAUUUGAUAGCUGAACUUUUAACCCCAAGUGAAGCUGCAGGUCAAAAUAUUGAUGUUAUUAAAAGUGGAAUUUUACCAACACCACAAAGUCCAGUUACAAGAGAGAUUCCUGACCCCCAAGAAAAAAAGAUUCCAUUUUCAAAAGAUGUCAAACAAUUGCUAAGUGAACCUUUUACUCCAGAACCUCCAAAAGAACAAAUGAGAAUUCCAGUGCAAGUGCCAUUGACCCCACAACAACUUCAGCGAGAUGUAACAACUCCAAAAACCCCAAGGAAAAAGCCGGGCCUCAAACUUAAAUUACCCACAGAAACAAGUGAAAGUGGUGUACCAACUGGAGAAAAACCAUUUGGUGAAACCCCACCCAAACCUCCAAGAAAGAAACCUGGACUAAAACUAAAAUUACCAACAACUGUUGGUGAUGGUGGAUUUACCACAGGAACUUCAACUAAAUCUCCACCAAAAUCACCCGAAAAGAAAGAAGAAGAACCAACAGUUAUACCACAGAAGAAAGGAGGUUUGGCUGCAAGAAGAAAAACAGGACUUAAACUUAAAGUACCAACAGAAACUGGUGAUAAAGGAUUUACAAUGGGAGCUCCAACUGCAUCUCCACCAAAAUCACCACAAAAAGAAGAACAGAAGACAGUUAUACCACAGAAGAAAGGUGGUUUGGCUGCAAGAAGACAAACAGCACUCAAACUAAAAAUGCCAACAGAAACAGGUAGUAGCGGAUUUACAACCGAACAAAAGUCAUGUCCCCACCAAAUCACCUGA